GCAGUGAUGUUUUUCAAACUAGUCAACGAUGCAAGAGUGCGAUCACUUGAUGACAAAGUUGUUAGAUACGAGACAAGUUUUAGUGUGAAAAACCCAUUUAAUAAUUUACAAAUAACUCUCAGGGAACUUGCUGCUCAUCGUUCGGGUUUAAUGCGUGAAGCACCGUGCUAUCCAAUACCGGAAGGAAGUACGAAUUUCUGCCCCAAUGACUACAACACGAUGCUGAACCGAAUCAAGAAUCUUACUUUGUUAAGAAGCCCAGGAUCAAAACCGCAGUACAGUAACCUUGGCUAUGGCCUUCUUGGCAGGGUUUUAUUUCAUUCCUUUUCCUCUUCUGGUUUAAACUUCGAUCAAUGGAUGAAGAAUGAACUUUUCUUCAAACUAAACAUGAUGAAUACAACGUUUGCACCAUCUAACAGCCAAAAAUUAAAAAUGCCGGUUGGAUACUUGGAUGGUACGUAUGUUAACCAUAUUUAUGACUGGGGAUGGCUUCAACCUACGGGUGGUAUGUUUUCUACAGUCGAUGAUUUGUCCAAGCUGCUAAUAGAGCUCAUGACUAAUAAGGCCAAUAAUAGGUUACUUUCUACGUCACUGACAGAGGAAUUCUUUAAGCCAGACUAUAUCUUCCCUGAUAGCAAAACCAUUAUCGGAACCCCGUGGGAAAUGAAACAGCACGAUGGAUAUAUUAUAAGAGAGAAAGCUGGAUACAUAUACGGCUACAACAGUUACGUUGCCAUGGUUCCGGAAAUCAGACUGGGAAUCAAUAUGUUCUGUACUGACUGCCAGCAGAAGUUGGGGUCCUCUAUUCCGAACUAUUUUACAAAGAUACUUUCAGUAUUCAAAGAAGAAUUUGCUCGUGCCUCUGCCAAGAAUUUUACGCUGCCACCUGAUUCCAAGCCUUUCCUUGGCCAAUACAACAGCUCGAUACCAACGCUAAAAAGAAUACACAUCAAGGAAAAACCCGGUCAUUUAACGUUUGCUGUAAACGAUUAUGAUUUGUUUUUUAUUAACUCCACUGGACCUCUGACGUUUAAAAUCAGUGUUAACCCUGCCGUGGACUGUAUGGAUGCUUUUACCAUGGGAGUAGAAAACGAAGUAAUUUUCUUUGACAAGCCAUCAACAAGAAAUGGAAAAUCUCCAGGAUUUGUUAUGUUUGGGGCGAGCGUUGACGGGCGAACUUAUUUUACUCGAGAAAACUGAUUUUUGUUUUGUAUGUAUUGGAUACAACUAUCUACUCUUUUUAUUCUAUUCAUAACAUACAUCCACUCACUAAUAUAACCAUUGUAUAGUUAUCAAAAAUUCCCGCUCAAGCUAAUAUAUGAGCCAGAGUCUAAAAAAGUUCAUAAAAUCCCAUGUUUCCAUAUUUAACUAUGUACCUCAGCUGCUUUAURAUAAUAUUUAAUACUUAUAUUGCGCAUGUAAAUACACAAUUUUGGGCAUGGAGUCAAUGUUCCACAUUUGCUGUUGUAACAGUGUUAAGAGGAUCUUCAACCUCAUGUUUGCUAUCCACUAUAAUGGCGGACAAUAAUUUGGCAUGUUUGGUCCAUUUUGGUCCAUUUUAACACCUUUUGAAAAUAUCGUAUGAAUUAUUUAUGAAGAAUGCAAAAUAGGUCAUUUUUGGCCAUUUUUGAACCAAAUGCUUGCCCACUGUAGCACACUGUAGAACCUCAAAUCAUGGCAUCGUCUCGAUGAUCUUGGUCACUGCAAGGCACGUCGAUGCUGUAUAGUUUUAGAACAAUCGAAAUUUGCUUACUGAACUACUAGAAUGAAAGUUAUUAUUCAUCGCGGAAUUUUAAUAAAUGAUGCUUAUUUAUUUCUCUUACAA